CUGAUGCAGAAUAUUUCAGAUGUGGCUGAAUUCAUUCUUGUGGGAUUAACAGAUGCCCCAGAGCUGCAGGUCCCUUUAUUUGUUGUCUUCACUUCCAUUUAUUUGAUCACCCUGGUUGGGAAUCUUGGAAUGUUGGUAUUGAUUCUGCUGGACUCCCGACUCCACACUCCCAUGUACUUUUUCCUCAGUAACCUCUCCUUUGCAGACUGUGUUUAUGCUUCAGCUGUCACUCCCAAGGUAAUAGAAGGGUUUCUCACAGGACAUAAGAUCAUAUCCUACAAUGCAUGUGCUACUCAGAUGUUCUUCUUUGCAGCUUUUGUUACCAUUGAAUGUUACAUCCUGGCCUCAAUGGCCUUUGACCGUCAUGCAGCAGUGUGCAAACCCUUGCAUUACUCUACCACUAUGACAACUUCAACGUGUGCCCUGUUUGCUGCUGGUUCUUACAUGAAUGGAAUCUUGCAAUCUACAAUCCAUGUGUCCUUUACUUUCCAUCUCUCCUUCUGUCAUUCCAAUGUAGUAAAUCACUUUUUCUGUGAUAUUCUUCCACUACUCACUCUUUCUUGUUCUGGUAUCUAUAAAAAUGAAAUUGUGCUUUUCAUGUUGGCAACAUUUAAUAUUGCUUUUACCCUAUUGGUUAUUGUUACUUCUUACCUACUUAUUUUUGUUGCAAUCCUGAGGAUGCGUUCUGCUGAAGGCCGAAAGAAGGCCAUCUCCACCUGUGCAUCCCACCUCAGUACUGUUUCCAUCUUCUAUGGCACAAUUAUCUUCAUGUACUUACAACCCAGCUCCAGUCAUUCCAUGGACACUGACAAAAUGGCAUCUGUGUUCUACACCAUGGUCAUCCCCAUGCUGAACCCUCUUGUUUACAGCCUCAGGAACAAAGAAGUCAAGAAUGCAUUCAAGAAAGUUGCUGGAAAAGCAUUAUCUUCACUGGGAUUAGUCAAUUUACUGUAA